AUGGCCGUCCUCGGGAAGCGAAAGGCCCCAGAGCCGACGGCAUCAACAGAAGACGCACAGGAGAUCUUUCGGCGACACUUUGAGGCGCAGUUUCUCCCGCUGCCAGAGGCGAAGCGCAAGGCGAAGGCUGUGGAGGAAGAGGAUGGAAGUGAGGACGACGGCGAUGCCAGUGGGAGUGAAGGAGGUGAAUGGGAUGGUUUAUCGAGCGAAGACGAUGAUGAGGAUGAGGAUGGGGUAGAGGAUGACGAAGAUGACGAGGAAGAUGAAGAUGAAGACGACGCUCCAGUCAUCGAAGUAGUAGACCAUUCCGUCUCUCAAGCCCCCACAACAAGCACAAUGUCCAAACGCGAACUCAAGGCCUUCAUGUCCUCCCGCCCCCCAGACCAAACCUCCCCCCCCAGACCAACCGCCCAACCCUCAUCCUCCUCAAAACCCUCCGCCGCCCUCCCCGAAGACGCCCCCUCCCUCCUCGCCCAGGACCUCGAGCUCCGCCGCCUCAUCGCCGAAUCCCACCUCCUGCAGACAAACAAGCCCCUCUCCCUCGCCGCCGCACUCUCCACGACGUCCUCCCCCAACGCCCAGCCAAAGGCCUUUUCUUCCGGCCGCGUCCGCCAAAAGGCGCUCGAUAUGCGCAUCCAGGCUCUUGGUUCGAAGACGUCCAUCCUUAAGCAGGAGAAGAUGCCCAUGCACAUGCGCAAGGGCAUCAAUGCUGCUGCUGUUGAGAGAGAGGCCAAGCGGAGACGCGAGGCCAAGGAGACUGGCGUUAUCCUGGAACGAGAGACGGGCAAGAAGAAGAGGAGAGAACGGAAGAGCGGCGGUGGUGGUGGGUUUGGUCCGGCUGUGGGUAGACUCAAGGGUGCUGAGCUUAGGAUAAGCGAGAGAGAUGUUAAGAAAAUUGAGGGAACGAGGGAUACGUUUGGUAGAAGGGGAGGAAAGCGAUGA